UUUUUCAGACAUAGAUACUCUUUAUCAUGUAGUUCCGAUCGCUUAAUUUGUCAUAAAUAAGUAAGAGGUUGUGCGACAUUUUUCGAUCCCUGGCAGUAAUGCGCCCUAUUGACAAUUGUAAUCCAACAUAUUGUUUCAAACAAAUGACCAGAAUGGAUCGUGACGUCAUUGUAGAUACGUCAUAUUUACGAAAACAGAAAAAUGAGAGACCAUGCAAAUGUGGCAAUAAAGUACCCUGGUGGCAAAACGAUCUUAGGCAAAACUUCCGCGGGGUGGCGAUAGCGAUUUUUUUAUUAUUCGGACUAUGCAUCCUCCUAUUCGCGUGGAAUAUUGUACUUUGGCGCGAACUGGACCAUCUUCAACAUCAAGUAUCUACUUUAUCAAACGAACUACAUCAAUACAAAGAAACGACGUCAUCAAAUCAUGGCGUCAGAGACAGGAACAGGUUGUCAAGACGACGCAGAGAAAGGAACCAUGACUGGAAUGAUCAGACCAGCAAAAAUCGAGAUAUAUUUGUUGAAGACAAUGAUGACAAUGAAGAUGGAGAAAUCCAACACAGAAAGAAAAGAAGCAACGCGGAUGAAGAUAUGGAAAUUGGAAAGAUGCCGAUGCUUUCAAGAAUAAAAAGAAGAACUAAAGGAAAAAAGAGAGGCAGAAAAGUUCGUGGACGCCGCUUCUCGAAUCCACAGGCCACUGCAAUCCACGUCAGAAUCAAGGGAACAGAUCCAUAUCAAGGUAUAGUACCCGAUGAUGAAAUCAUUCAUUCCUGGGACACCAACACUAACAAUGGAGCCAUAGUCCAGGGAUUCGACGUUACAGAAAUCAACCUAGGAGAAGGGGAAGCUGGAGUUAGGGUUAUGAAAGACGGAAUUUACUUCAUAUACAGUCAGGUUGUAUUCAAAAUGAACAGGGGGUCAGAGGUCACUGAAAAGGUCAUGAUUGGGGUCACCGGCAACACAGAACUGGCAGCUUGUACAAAUUCUCUUCCGCGCUCUCAUAAUCCAGACGACUACAUUACGUGCUACUCCAGCGGGAUAGCGUUUCUUUCACGCGGAGAUAAAUUCAGAGUAAAAAUUUAUCCCCCAGGAAUGAAGGUAUUCAUGAAUCCGAGCCAUACAUACUUUGGUGCAUUCUUACUCGGUGAGAAAAAACCAUAAUUGUGGUGUUAUGACAUCAUAAACUUUACAUUGCCGACAGACGGAGAUUGAACUGAAUUGUGAUGUCAUAGUUAUUUGUUGUCAUUCAAAAUGACAAUCUCGCAAAACAGUUUGUUAAACGCUGUUGUUAUAUUUUCUAAAGCCGCCAAACUAUAAAACUUUCUUUUACUUCGAGUACUUUACGGUGACGUUUUAUAUAUCUGUGUGUCAUAUUUUUAUGCUUUUCACCCCAAACAUUACUCUAGGGAACCGGCCACUGAUAUGCCCCCUGUUCAUCAUUCCAGUGAUAUUUAGAGUGUUAUUAUGUUUGGUAAAUUGCAAAUCCCAUUAUGUUCAAACAAUUCAUGCUCAACAAAGGGAAACACCCUGUUAGAAAACAUUUAUCAAGCAAUGAAAUUAGAAAGAACAAGGAGUUUUCUUGUAGAGCGAAAUGUAAAAAACGACUAUUAUUGUGUCGCCAACCAUCCGCUCUGUGGCCCCCGUGAGGUCCCACGGCCCCCGGCUGGGAACUACUGUUUUAGAAGGUGUUUGUGCUUUAACAAUGCCUUAAAUUAGCAUUUAAUAAUUUUUUUCGUUUUUUUUUUGUAAACACUAAUUGUGCUCCACAUUCGUUCCAAGUAAAGUUCAAUAACAAAGUAGAUUUUUAUUGUAAGUAAACAUCAGAGUUCUAUGUAAGAAUGAGCAUUUAGGAAUAAAUAUCUGACAUGAAGUGGUAUUAGGCGGACAGAAGACCAUGUUUUACCAUAUGAUUAAGUUGUCAUAUUGGCUUUUCUCUCCCAUGAGAUAAAUAUGAAAACACUAUGACCUGUUUGCUGAGGUUGUGUUAGUUAGGUCGUUUCUAUGAUAUGAUCAGUUUAUUUGAUUAAGAUGGGAUUCUCUAUAUAAGAGCCUGGGUUCCGUAGUCGAAAAAAACUUUUAAUCAAUUUUUAUGUCGUCCUGUUUGGUGACUUAAAAAUCAAAACCCAUAAUUUUGUUGAUUACUUCUACGAGAAUGAUGAAAUUUUAUUUUACAAUUUUUUGUGAAGAUUUAUACUCAAAAAUUUCAGCAUUCUAGGAAGCUUUGCACGAGAGUUAGGUUACCCUGACCUCUAUGACCCACCUUUAUUUGUUAAAAACUAACAUGAUUGGAUAAAAAUUUCAACCUCGACUUUAGGGCUUAAUUUUGAAAUUGAUGUCAGCAAAAAGCAAGCUUUGCAACAUCAUUUAGGGCGCUGUAUAUAUUGCUUAAAAUAGUUCAGAUCGUUUUACAUUCAAUUUGUUAUUUUUUUUUUGUUAACGUAAUUUUUCGUAGAAAUUCUGCAUCUAGUGCUGAAUGCCUUUAUUAUGUAUCCUAAAACAUCAGAAAUAUCCAAAUCAAGAAUUAAUAUAUGAUGAUCAAGAAAUGUUUUUUGCACUUUCAUCCUGUUCAAGGCUAUGGACAUGGACAAGGAGCCACUAUUUUUUGAAGGACUGAAAUCUUUACAGUUCAGCCUUACUAAAUUCAUUACGGCUGCGGACCCUUGUUUGUGAAUCUUAUUUUUGACGGAUUCUCAUCCUAUGCUGUAUCAAUUUAUGUACCCAACCAACGGGGAAGGAAAGUCUGAAUUAAUACAUACUAAUAUUGAAUACUGACAAGCUAACGGUAAUUCAAUAAAAUUAUGAUCUAUUUAUAUCUGUUUCAGACCAUUUCCAUAUCGUUGCUGACCUCCUGUGCAGUCAUCACGAACCUCCAGGGGUCUGCGUACCCCACUUUGGGAAACUCUGCUUUGGGUCAGUUGUUCCAAAUCUUUUAUGGGUCGUGGCCUCCUUCCGAAGGGUACUAGCACUUGUGGAUCCCUGUUUGUAAUUACAGUGGUAUUUAUAGUGUUUUUCGAUUGGUAGAUUCUGAAUCCAAUAAGAUUUAAACAAAUCUUGCUCAACAAAGUGAAAACACCUUGCGAAAUAACCUUAAAGGAAUGAAACUGGGAAGAACGAGAAGUUUUCUUGUAAUGUGAAAAGUAAUAUCAGUUUUGUGCCAAGCAUUGUGGCCCCCCCAACUGCUCUGUGGCCCCCUUGUGGGCCAUAGGCCUCUAGGUGGGAAACAUCGCCUUAUGUGAAGUGCUGGUCUGAGACUAGAAAGUGGAAACCAAUAUUUUUAACUAACCAACAUAGUCUGGCCCAACAUUUAAACAACUUAUCCAUCAUGCCUAUAUUUCGGCCAAUUUUUUUUGUAGUUAGUUUAUUUUUAGAUGAUAGUUUAUUAGACCUCAAAGCUUUUCUUUCAAUUGGUAAUAUCAUUUGGCAACUUUAAAAGUUUAGCUUUUUAAUUAUGUAUAAUGAAAACAUGUUUUUUUCAUGUGUCAUGCUUUUUGAUAUUUUCUAUUAUUUUUAAAGUGCAUAACCUUAAGCACGAGUGCCUGCAACAUUCAAUAACUUCGUAAUUGGGAAAAAUUCAGUGUGACUGGUAUUUACCAAAUCCUAAGUUUUAGAAGUUCAUUUAGCUAAUCAAAUCUUAUUUUCAAAACUCUGAUUUUGUGUGAUUUAAAAAUAUUUAUUGUAUAAAGUUCAAUUGCCUGUUCCUACAAGUUCCAUUUUGUUCCAAUUGUUUAGGCUUAUUACGCCUUGUGUAUGAGUUGUAGUCUGUGGAAUAGUUGAUAUAUUGGUGAUGGAUGUUAAUUUAUUAAAUUUAAUAAGAAACCAUGGAUAUACGACUCCAAAUGUAAUGUCAUAGUAUCAUAUUAGACUUGAGCCGAGUCAACUAAUCUUUUUUCAUGAAUACAUCAGUGGUGACUCGGGCUGCGUAUUUUCGAAUACCUGGUGAUACCAGAAAUGAAUAUUUUUUUCGAAUUGAAUCUCGAAUACUUGGAAAAUGUCUAAUUGUAUGUGACUUUUUUAUUGUCAUGGUUUCUCCAGUCACAUAAAUUACUGAGUUUUCACACACUUUCCUGAGUUGUCACACACAAUAACUGACGAUAACAGUCGUUUGUCAGAAUUUCAUUUUAAAAAUAUGGCUUCACAAAAAGAUUGAGGAAUUUACCUUGAUACGAGAUGGCGGCGAUUCAGAAUCAACGUCUAAACCGAUUCGAAUAAUUUAAUAUUUGAUUCGAAUAUUCAAUUUGAAAUGCCCAGUCCUAGUGGUGUCACCAGUUGUUUGACAAAUGUGAUAGACUACAGUAGCGUUUUUCAAACUUUUUUGCCCUGGAACCUCUAAUGCUUUUUAUCUUGCCUCGUGGAAAACCAAGAAAUUAGAAGAUAAAAUCAUUGGGUCGUUUUUGAAAAAUUUAGCCUAUUGUAAAAUUAAAAAGUUUUCUUUAAAUUUGACAAUUAAAAAAUUUGGCCGGCGGUAAUGAGCGAUUUACUAAAACUCCAUACUUUCCAGACUGACAUGGGUAUUAUCGGUCUGUUUACAUCGCAAGGCCGGCCCGCCUAUUUGACGCCAAUUGGGAGACAAAUUUACGACACAGAGCCACCGAAGUACGACCGAGAUCGCCAUGGCGACUAGUUUAUUUGCAAUUUCAACCCCUCUUCCGCGGAACGCUCCGAUAGAACUCGCGGAACACAGUUUGAGAAGUGCUGUUCUACAGUUACAGUCGUUAGCCUUUCUUGAUAAUAAAACAUAUACCGGUAGCAAACAUGUACCAGUCUUUCUGAUCACCCUAGUACAAAUAUGCCCAUAGCUAAUAUUCAAUGAUUAUUAUUGCUUUGUAAAUUGCUUUUGUAUUUCAAUUUAUCCUUAGAUUUACUAUUUUAUCUCACUUUUUUUCUUGCUCAUGUAUUUUUUUAAAAGAUUUUUUUCUCAGAGGGAGGGAGAAAAAGACCUUUUUUUUAGUUCAGGCAUCAUCAGGCACAUGUUACAGAUGCACCAGGGGUGUUUGGUUGCUUAUAUAAUUUAUUUUUUAGUCCUCAAUUCAGUUCAUUGUGCUUUAAUGAGCUUUAAAAAAUUGUAAUCUUUCCAUUUUGUUCCAGAGCAUAGGUUCUUGGAGUGCUACAGACAGAGCCCCAGGGCACUGUGAGAAAAACCCAAAGCCUUCGCGAGCCUAUUCGCUUACUUUUUAAAAUAUCAACUUGGCUGAUUUUGUAACUGUUCAAAGAAGCGAUAAGGGCAUUGAUAACACUUGACAAUGAUAGCGUCAAUUCAAAUAUGAAAUUAUCUAUAGUUCCAAUAGAUGAUUAUCAAUUACUGCCUUGUUGCCACAUUUCGACACUACUUCACUAAUAU